GGCAAUUGCUUUGUAUGCACUAGGAUCUUCUAGUGAAUACAGAUCAAUUGGACAUUUGUUUGGAGUAGGCAAAGCAACUGUUUGCAAAAUACUCAUCGAGUUUUGCAAUGAAGUUGGGACAUCUUUGGCUCCAAUAUAUUUGAAAAAUUUUCCAUUGACAAGGGCGCAAAUUGAGAAUGGAGUCGCAGAUUUUAAUGCAAUGGGCUAUCCACAAUGUAUUGGAGCAAUAGAUGGAUGUCAUAUUGAAAUUCAUCCAAGAAAGGAAGAAGCCAUUGAUUACUACAACUACAAAGGGUGGUAUUCCGUAGUACUAUUGGCUUUGGUAGACGCAAAAUAUAGAUUUGUUUAUAUACAUUGCGGCAGUCCUGGAAGAUGCAACGACUCCGGAAUUUUUGAAAAAUCAUCGCUAAAGCGCGAGUUGCAAAGUUGUGCACUUCUUGAUGAAUUGAGCUUGCUGUAUGGAUCCACAAAAAUACCAGUCCAUAUUAUAGGGGACUCUGCUUUUCGUCUCUCUCAGCAUUUAAUGAAGCCAUAUCCGCAUAGUGUGACCAAUACACCCGAACAAAAAAAAUUCAACUAUAGAUUGUCUAAGUGCCGGCGUGUUGUGGAAAAUGCUUUUGGCCAUUUAAAAGCCCGAUUUAGGAGAAUUGGAAAAGGCGUGGAUAACCACAUCAAAAAUGUAAACACAGUUAUUUCAUGUGCAUGUGUUUUACAUAAUUUUUUGAUUGCUGAGAAGGAUUUAAUUUUGGAAAAUUGGCUAGUGGAAAUGCAUCGCGAUUCCAGGCGCAAUAUUCAAUACGGCACCAAUGCAGUUGACCGAUCUGAAGGAGAAUCGAUAAGAAAUGCGUUAAAGGAAUAUUUCAGUGAGUAA